CUUAUACCUAACUUCCAUCUUCCCCAGAUCUUGGCAGAGUCCGAGGAAGCCCAGAUAUGCGUGCUCCGCAACGUGUGGGAACUUUGGCAACGUCACCCGCAAAUGGUGUGCGUUCUUGUGGACAAGAUGCUCAAGACACAAAUCGUUGAAUGCAGUGCGGUCGCCACGUGGCUGUUUUCUAAAGAAAUGGCGUCGUAUUUUACCCAUGGAUGCUUGUGGGAGGUGCUGCAUCUGACCAUCGAUAAAAUGAAUAAACACGUCUCCAAGUUAAGUGGCGAGUUGCAGGAAGCCAGAGAAGCAUUGGCGAGGGCUGACUCCAGCAGUUCGGACUCGGAGGACGAGAGCGGCAGCAAGAAGAAGAAGGACCAGGACAAACCCACUGAAGAGGCCGUGGAGCGUAUGGAGGAGCGUCUAGAAGCCGCUCACAUGGACCAGAAGCGGCUGUUCCUCAUCGUGUUCCAGCGCUUCAUCAUGAUCCUGUCGGAACAUCUCGUGCGCUGCGACACCGACGCGCGCGACCCCGACACACACUGGUACCGCAGCACCGUGGGCCGCCUGCGACAGGUGUUCCUCGCGCACCACGAGCAAGUGCAGAAGUACAGCAGUACCCUGGAGACGCUGCUGUUCACGCAGGACCUCGACCCUCACAUCCUCGACGUGUUCCACCAGUUUGUUGCGCUCACCGCCUGAGACAUCUCGCCGGACGGGGUGGGGUAGACAAUGUAACGAUCGCGUGGAACUGUCUAAAGAGAUGUAAUCAUCAUCAUCAGUCAUUAUGUCUACUGCUGAACAUAGGCCUCCCCCAAUGAUAACCAGAUUGGCUGAUUGGAAGCGGUCGGCAUCCUGCUAACUUUAUAAGGUCAUCUAUCCAUCAUAGCUGCGCUUGAAGGUACCUGGAAUCCAUUUCAGAAUUUUGCUACCCCAAGCAGAAAUGCCACGACACGCAAUCAGCAAGUCUACUCUACAAUAUUUUUCUAACUAGGGGACUAUUCUCACUUCUCGUUCCCACCACUGUAACACCUGUGACCCGCAAUGAAAUGAACCAGAAGGAAAUAUGAAUGUCUAAAAUCGAAAAUACAGACGGAAUUUUAGAGUGAGCGAUGUCACUGUCAUACUCACACACUGUUUUGGAUAAAUACUGAGUACUGAUCAAAUCUUGCAUCAGUUAUCACCUAUUUUGGAUCAAGAGCGAAGUUACAUUGUCUGCGGAGAUGUGUUGCCGAAAAAUAGUAUCGAUGCAUCGAUUAGUCGGUCAAAAAUGACAAACAUAAUUUUCGGCAACACAGAACUGAAUGAUAUGCACGUAUAGUGCUGCCACUAUAUUGCUGAAUAUCGGUAGUCUAAUAAUAUGUUAUGUGCAUAGACAAAAUUUAAGGUAUUUAUGGCAAUAUGUAUUUGACAAGAAUCAUCCAACCUGGAGUUUGGAUAGCAUUACAGCCAGACAAUGCGUUAUUAGCAAUAACUUAUUACUUUGAAAGAUUAACUUUAUUUUAGGAACACUUGUAUACAACAGAAGGUUAAAACAUAUGCAUUUAAUUAUAACAGACAUGCCUCCAUCAUCAAGGACUUGCUAAGAUAUUUUCAAGUUAUCAACAAUUUCAAGAUUUUUAUUUAUGGAGUUCCUAAGAAAAUAUCAACAACUGUGGAGUUCAGUAUCAAAAAUGAUAAACAUAAUUUAAGUUUCUAAUUUAAGGAUAGUUAUAUGCCCGCGUUUUAUGUAAAUAAACAAUUGUGAGCUAA